GGGUGAUGGGCCUAUGAUAUAUUGGGCCCGGCCCGGGAAAGAGAGUGUGGGCUAUCAGUUCAGUUCCGCCUCCACUGAGAUCUCCUUCCUCCUCGACGGCACCGGCGGCACCGGCACAGAUCUCCCCGCAAAGGUUAAUCGGUUAGUCAAUUACUCGUCGGCCGGAUUGGUGGUCGCGCGCGCUUCAAUCUCCCGAUGAACUCCAGGAGGGAUUUCCGCAGCCACAGAGCUGCUUUAUUUGAUGGAAUUGAAGAAGGUGGAAUCAGAGGCUCAGCAUAUUCUUCUCGUGAAAUUCAUGAGCAUGAGAAUGACCAGGCUGUGGACAACUUGCAUGAGAGGGUCAGCAUUCUCAAAAGAUUGACAGGCGAUAUACAUGAUGAAGUGGAGAAUCACAACCGGAUGCUGGACCGGAUGGGUAAUGAUAUGGACACUUCAAGAGGAUUUCUUUCUGGGACUGUGGACAAGUUCAAGAUGGUUUUUGAGACCAAAUCAAGCCGCAGAAUGGCUACCAUGGUUGCGUCCUUCGUUGCUGCCUUCUUGCUCUUAUACUACCUGACCAGAUAGAUGCAUAGAUUGAUUACUCUACAUUUCAGUAUCUGCCUGGUUAUAUGAUCCGAUUUUUCGCGCUCGAUCACCUGAACAUAGGUCCUGCUCAGUUUGCCAAAUUGUGGCACGAGAUGCUGCUGGUGUCACAACAUGAUCUAUAUACACAUAUAUGUAUGCCUUCAUUUUUGGUGCUGCACUUGCACCAAAAAUCUUUCGAUCACCCUUACAAUGCAACGCAAAAAAGCAUCCAAGCAGGAUUAAUUCUGAUCA